AUGGCCCAGGUAAACCCUCCAUCUACCGGUGUGGACACUGGUGAUCCUCCAACUCUUGAUACCCCAGCGGUUCCCUCCAUGCCUACUCAAGGAGCUGGGGCAAGCGCACCCCCGUUGGAGCUCUCUGCUGGUGACCCUCUGCUUUACAAUCCUUGGAACUUCAACUUGAUUGCGCCAGGCGCGAUGCCGAUCCCUUCGCUGAAGACUAGCACUUUGCCGAAUGGCACCACCACACUUCCACAUCACGAAGGUCAGCAAAACGGCGCACACCUUGCGCAAUUCGACAUCCCAACCCCUCAGAAUCCUCAACAAGCCGUCGCAAUGCCACAGCUAGGGACUGAAGCGGUCGGAGCCGAUGCUGCCACUGCCGAGGAAAAGGUAGAGGAUUCCUCUGAUGACUUGUCAGACAUCCAAAUGAGUGAUGGGUCUGAAUCUCGAGUUGCAUCAGAGUCCUCCGACAUCGAUCGUCAGGACAAGUAUGCCUUCAACUUUCACAAUCAGGCUUACGACCACCAAGUCCCCCGGAACCUGACUGGCGGCAUUACCAUCUUCGCGAAGAGAGUGUGUAUGGGCACUCUCAUCCAUCAGCACCUCGCAAAAGCCAAAAAACAAGGCGAUGCCGACACAUGCCCUACGCUUGUGCCCCACGAACUCGAGUUGCAGGGCAACCAGAUGGCAGCGGUGGAAUGUGUCUGGGUUGGCAUGCUACCUGCACUGCUCCAGGACGGUGGAGACGACAGCGCCGAAUCCCAACCGAAAAUACCAAACAGAGGUCAGAAGCGGGCGAAGAAGGCCCAGUCUCUCGUCGACCUCGAGGAUGACCAGUUGGAAGUCAUCCCGCACAACCCGAAAGCCUUCCGUGUUGUCGCAAAAGUGCAGCCCAAACAAGUGAAGACCUGGCACCUCUACGCACUGACUACAUCGGACACCGGCUCGAAGCUCUGCCAAGGCUGGAAGGUUCCGAGCGACGAGGUCUUCUUUUUCAAGGCAUUCCGCGACGAUGCUGUCCCGGGACCAAUGAAGCGAAGGCAAGCUACGGAACUUAAGAUCAAGGCCAAGGUCUUUCCCAUGCCGCCCGCCCCAAUUCCUGCUGUGGCGUCCCAGUCGGCCACCCCAUCCAGGCCCGCGGCGAGUCCGGCCUCGGAUCCAGCUGGAACCCCUGCUAAGAACGAAGGGGGUGAUGACGGUCCUGCCGCGAACAGGCAGUCACCAGCCGAAGAUCCUGGUGCCGUGGGUGACGAUGGCAGCGAGGAUGCCUACCCGGAGCACGCCGUACCUUCCUCGGACCCUAUUUUCAAAGGUUUUCUCGAUAACAUGUUGCGCGAGCUCUCUGUGGUGGAGCCUGAGGGUGAGAGCCCGGGACAUAAGAGGAAGAGGGUCGCUUUUGAUACCGGCGGCGGCGACGUUGCGAACACCCGUAGAAAGACGAACAGCGGUCCCCAAAGCAGCAUGCAGACCCGGGACGGCGAGGACGGCGGGGCUGAACCUUCCUCGUUCGUCAUUGGAGAGCGAGCCCGCCAUCUAGCCCUCAAGUUGGAGAACAUGGUGAACCAGCUCGUGGAAAAACAGGAUGUUUCGGGCCUUCACCAGUGUGUUACGAUGAUGCAAUGCAUCCAGAAGCGCCACGCACCCGGCCCUACCAGCGCCCUCGCCCCCUACCUGAGCACCUCUUCUAAGAAAGAUGCUGACUCGCAAGCUUGCACUGGAAAGCUACGGGAGAUUCUAGACCUCUUCCCCAAACUCCGAGAGGUCGAUGGCCUGGACCACCGCGUGCUUGCUUGUAUGAUCCAUGGACUUCGCGAAACCGGCCAGUCCAUUGAGAUUGGCCUCGUCGAGGCUUGCAUAAAAUGCUACAGUCGCCUUUUCCAGGAGAAAUACGGCGAUAAACCUCCUGCCAACCCCGGGAAGAUGGCAGCAUCUGACGUUAUUGACAUGAUCUGUCAGGCGCGGGACGAUGCGGAGCAGAUGCUCAGACCGACUCCUCUCAAGAAGGCAAGGGUUGCCCAUGCCUGGACGGAUCCCCGCCACAGCGCUGAUCCUGUGUGUGAUGAGUAGAUCGUUCGAGGCCGAUUGAACAAGGUUUAAGGAGGCGUGGGGCGGACUUCACGAUGGGCUUUGCUUUAUUGAUGGUGUUUCUGGCGUUGCUCUGGAACCAGUCUUGCUAACCCCGACGAAGCUGAAAUCAAGGGGCUUCCAAGGUUGGAGGACUAUGGGACUACCUCAAGUCUAGGUAGAUUGGGCUUCCAAGGUUGCGACGGUGGUUCUUCUGCGAUGAUUUCUUUCGACCUUAGUUAGGGUGGGCUCCGAGGUCGUGCCUUCGAAUCCUCCUCGAUGCAUACCCUAAUGAAGGCAACAUUGAAUUUGCUCUAUUCCACACAUCAAAUGCAACGAUGAAUUCCAAAUUUUCAAGGCUGGCAUUCUAUGCGUGCCAUAAGCCAGUACCAAACUUUUGCGAUGAUCACAUUCAAGCCAACAACCAGUCAAUUGGUACUAUUAACGGCCCACAAUGUCAAACUGAUUCGAUACAGCUAGAGCUUCUAGGUUUUCUGUGGAAACGGAUGAGCCGCUUGGAACAGUGAGUGGUUUGAGCGGUCUGCGAAAUAUACGGCGAAUGAAGUAAAGAGCGCUUCUCAGAAACGGACAUUAAUUAAGGAGGAUAGAGCUGCUGGUUGAGCGCAGCAGCAGAAGAAACUUGGACUUCAGCAGACGCGCCCCACGC